AUUUUUAUCGCAUUGGAAAUAGUUGAAAACGAUCUUUAAACAGUAACAACAUAAAAAAUAAAGAAAUUAAUUAAAAAAAUAAACUAUUAAAGCUGAGGAAUCCUCGACCAAGAGAGAGAAAGAGGCGGCCAUUCCAUAUCUUCCCUCUCCUCCUCUAUUAGAAUCUUUUGGGUUCUUCUCCCUAAUCUUUUUUUUAAUUUAUUCCUGGGUCUUAGAUUUUUCAUCAGUUUUAUUUUCAUGGGUUUGUUUCUAGCUCUGUUCUUUUGUGUUACUGAAAAAGUUGGUUUUUUUAUGGUUAGAAAUGGUGAGGAACUGACUCUGAUGUGUUUCUGAUUGGGUUUUUGAGGGAAUUCAGUUUCUGGGUAUUGCUAAAAAUUUCACUUUCUGAUGGAAAUCCUCUGAAAGGAUUGGUCUUGGUGAAGACAUCUCGUUGUAUACCCUGUGCUGUUAAAGUUUGAGGGAAUUCAGUGUCUGGGCAUUGAAAAAAUUUCAUCUUUUGUUGGGAAUUCUCUUAAAGGAAUGAUCUUGGCGAAGACAUUUGUUACUGCUGCGAGAGCUUUGGGCGUUUAAAGGGCUUUGUAAUCUGCUGAUAUGCUUGUAGAUCUGAUACAAAAGCUUGAAUCUUGUAGCAAGAAUAAUGGAGAAUUUGCAUAGAGAAACCGGUUUCGGUCUCCGAUAUAUUCAGCAAUCUCCAAUGGAUAGUUUCACUCCAGUUGAUUGCAGUACGGGAAGUCCAAUCUCAGAUGAUUUCUUCGGUCUCUCGGCUCUUUUGACUUCAGACAGUUAUCCUGAUCUCUUCAGUCCCUUUAGCUACUCAUCAUCCCCCUUUAGCUAUUCAACUCUUCAGCAAUUCCCUAACUCUUCAAAUGAUAUGAACAAUUUCACUUUAUCUUCAGCUGAUGCCUCUGAUGAGAGAAUGGUCAGUGCUAUCCCCAAAUCAAUUCCAGGCUUCACUCUUGCUGAGAGAAUGCUUAAAGCUCUCUCAUUGUUCAAAGAAUCAUCAGGAGGAGGAAUUCUUGCUCAGGUUUGGAUGCCUGUCAAGCAUGGAAAUGGCCAUGUUUUAAGUACAUCAGAUCAGCCUUUUCUUUUAGAUCAGAUUCUUGCUGGAUAUAGAGAAGUUUCGAGGGCAUUUACAUUUUCAGCUGAAGAAGCUCCUGGAUUAUUUCCUGGGCUCCCGGGACGUGUGUUCAUCUCUGGAUUGCCUGAAUGGACAUCGAAUGUUGUUUAUUAUAAUAAUGUUGAGUAUUUGAGGGCGGAAUAUGCGCAUACUCAUGAAGUUAAAGGGUCUCUUGCAGUGCCAGUUUUUGAUCCUAAGGAGAGAUCUUGUUGUGCUGUUCUUGAGCUUGUUACGACGAAGGAAAAGCCUGAUUUUGAUAUGGAGAUGGAAAGUGUUUGCAAUGCUUUGCAGGCUGUGGAUUUGAGGUCAAUCAAGGGCCAACCUUAUCAGCAGCUCUUGACAAAAAAUCAAAAAUCAGCAUUCAACGAGAUUCUAGAUGUGCUGAGAGCUUGUUGUCAUGCUCACAUGUUGCCUCUAGCACUAACUUGGGUUCCCUUCUCCUACGAAGGUGAUAGAGUCCCCGACGCUACAAAAGAAGUUAUUCGAGAAGUAAACUCAAAUUUAAUGAAAAAGAGUUUACUCUGUAUUGAGGAAUCAGCUUGUUAUGUGAAUGAUUCAAGGAUGAAUGGUUUUCUUCAUGCUUGUUCUGAACAUUGCCUUGAAAAGGGGCAAGGAAUUUCUGGAAAAGCCCUUCAAUCGAAUCACCCCUUUUUCUCUCCCGAUGUAAAAGGUUAUGGUAUUAGAGAAUACCCACUUGCUCAUCAUGCUCGAAAAUAUGGAUUGAAUGCUGCUGUUGCUAUUAGAUUGAGGAGUAAACUUACUGACAAUGAUGAUUAUAUAUUGGAGUUCUUUCUUCCUGUCAAUUGUAGAGGGAGUACAGAGCAACAGGAGUUGUUGAAUAAUUUAUCGAAUACUAUGCAGAGAAUUUGUAGGAGUUUGAGGACAGUGUCGGAUGACGAAAUACAUGCAACAGAAAAGAAAGUAGGGACUAAUUCACCAUCACCUGAAAUAUCCAUUAAGUGCCCUCAACAAAUGGAUAGUGAUAAUGAAGUGUUGGCUGAUUUUUCUUUUGAUGAUAUAAGUGCAAAAUCUGGUGAAAGAGGAGAUGCUAAUUGUGAGCAGUUUAAGUCUGACUCAACAAAGCAGACUGAGAAAAAGAGGAGCACAUCAGAGAAGAACAUUAGCUUGAGCGUACUUCAGCAAUACUUUUCUGGAAGUCUCAAGGAUGCGGCAAAGAGUAUUGGUGUUUGUCCCACAACACUAAAAAGGAUAUGCAGACAGCAUGGUAUUUCAAGAUGGCCAUCUCGCAAGAUAAACAAAGUGAACCGCUCCCUAGUGAUAGAUUCAGUACAAGGAGUAGAGGGAGCACUAAAAUACGACCCGUCAACUGGGUGUCUCGUUGCUGCAGUGUCACCUGAAAAAUCAAAAGUAAAUCAUGAUUCUAUUCCUUCAUCAUCUACCCCCGAUACUGAAAAUGAAAGACUCGUUACGAAAUUAGAAUUAGACGAAAUUCCAAUUUCCAAACACCAAAUGGACACUUUGUUGUUUGCUGAUAUCCAAAACGAUAUCACUGAUACUGAUACUAUCAUAAAAGAACAUAGUCAUCCUUCUUAUUCGAGCAUGACUGAUUCUUCAAGUAAUAGUGCUUCAAGCUGCCCAACUUUUCACAAAAACCCGAAGGCCAAGGUGUCAUCUACCAGUAUUGAUACUAGUACAAACAUCACAGUGAAAGCUACUUAUAAAGAUGAUACUGUUAGAUUCAAAUUUAUACCGUCGAUGGGCUGCCAACAAUUACUAGAGGAAAUCGGGAUGAGGUAUAAAUUGGCAAUAGGAACGUUUCAGCUCAAAUAUAUGGAUGAUGAGGAUGAAUGGGUUUUGUUGUCGAGUGAUGCUGAUUUGUUUGAAUGUGUCGAAGUCUUGGAGUCUUUGGGAUCAAAGAACUUGAAGCUUCUCGUUCGAGAUUUGGCAUGCAGCUUUGGUAGUUCAGGGGGUAGCAAUUUCUUGCAAGCUUAGAGAAAUGUAGUAGGAACUAUUUUAGUCUAUGAUACUUGAAUUUUUGGGUUCAAUGAUUUAUGUAUCUGUAUGAUAGAGGGAUAUAGCGUUUAUAGGCGGUUCGAGGUGUUACAUCUCAAUGUGUACAUAUAUGUAAUGUAGGAAUUAAAUGAAAGUUUUGUGAUGGGUUUAA